UUAUCGGUGGGAACAGUUGCGACUUUUUUUUUUUUUUUUUUUUUGCGUUUUCGCAGACGCUGCUCCCACCGCCGUCUGCAGCCGGCCAUGCAGCCCCACCCCUGCUCCUCUUCUGCCCGACUCCCUCAGGAUAUUUUUAGCGCUGAUGAUGUGCCCUGUCAAAUCACGUAACGGAAACAAGCCUCAGAGAGGAGGAAAGAAAAAAAAAAAAAAAAAAAAACAGAGCUGGUACCGUGGAGAGGUUUCCCGGAUCCGUUUUUCCUCGCUGAGAUCAUCCGGAGCUGACUGCGAAUGAGAUGAGAUUUGUAAUUAAUUUGGUGUUGUGCGUGUUGGUGGUCCCUACCGGCUCAACGCAGACAAGAGGUCAGAGCAGCGUUGUUCCUCCUCUUUUCACCCCGGGUCAUACUGGAGCCUCAGCAUCUCCUGACCUGACAGAGGAUCCUGGGAGCGAGGUUCCACAGUGGACACAUAAUCCCACCGGCAGGAAUGAAACUUCAACUCAACCCACAGCAGCCGUCACCAAGACCGAAAGGACAUUCUAUUCCCAAACUGCAGAAUACACAACUAACAUGUUGAGUACAAGCUCUGCAGGGGCCACAGCUGAAAAAAACAAUACACCUGCAUUCACGACCCAACCAGGUGAGUCCACUGCUUCUCCCUCAGACAUCCUUUCAUUCACGCCGACCGUUCCGACCCCGUCCCCCACUGAAAGCACCGUCCUCCUGACCACGGAGCCCCUCACCACCUUUUCAUCUCAGCAUACAUCCUCUACAGACCACGCGUCCCUGACCAUGGCCCCCACACAGCAGACAACCACAGGCCGCCACCAGAGCUCAGCUCCGGCCCGGGCUGCAGGACCGACCCACCAGGAGGUCCCAGCUGAGCUGAACGUAGGAGACGAAGAUUUCAAGGGGCCUCGCCUCCGUCCCAGUUCACCUUUAGACCCCCUGCUCGCCGGCCUUCUGUCAGUGUUUAUCGUCACCACGGCUAUCGUCUUUGUCAUCCUCUUUCUCAAGUUCCGCCAAAGGACCAACCAUCCAGAGUUUCACCGACUGCAGGAUCUACCCAUGGAUGACUUAAUGGAGGACACACCACUCUCCAGAUACUCCUACUGAUCCAACGUACGUCUCCUGUAUCAUUCAGAGAGCAGACACAAAGCACCAACCAAAGGCGGGACGUCCAGUCUGGAUCAGAGUAAAACCUUUUACCUGGAUACAGUUGCAUCUCUGCUGUUGACGUACAGAUUCUGACUGAGUGUCAUAUCGGUGGUGAAAACACAGUAUUUAUCUGUAGCUCUAUGUGGCUUCAUUAUCAAUGAUCGUGUAAAAGAAACCACAACUUUUUCCACAUUCCCUUUAAAGCUCCAGAGCUCAUCAGUCUGGUGGAAAAACCUUUGCUGUCUUUCUUAUCUGAGGUGAGGCAUUGGCACCUCUGCACCCUGACUGACCUUAUGUAUGCACAGCACUUUAUGGUGACAUUAACAGUCACAGUGCCCUCUAGGGGACAUCUGAGGUAAUGUGGAGCAAGUCUGCUUCUUUAGGUCCUUCCAUGUAAUUUAACCUCAGGUUUUCCAGCCAGGAAUACAAAAGUGAGAGACAAAGAGGGAAUGAGGAUAUGCAGAGGUUCAGAACACGUUGGAAAGUUAUAACACAGCCCAAAACAAUCAAAGAACACACAUACAGUUGUGCUCAUAAGUAAGCAUACCCGAGCAGAAUUUGUGAUUCUUUAGCCAUUUUUCAGAGAAUAUGAAUGAUAAUACAAAAAGCUUUUCUUUCACUCAUAGGUAGUGGUUGGAUCAGUGGUUUUCAAUGUUUUUUGGCCUGUGACCUCAUUUUAACAUCACAAAUUUCUGGUGACCCCAGACAUUCAAAACAGAGACUUUUUUUU